CUGGAUAGCCAUCGCGAGGCGAGGCCAGGCCGUGGCCCCGGCGGUCGUUCCAGGGGAUUGGGUCCCCAAAUCGUAGUGACGAGAGCGACCAUUGCCGAGUGCGGUGCUUAUUAG